CAAGACCGAAGAGCUGAUGGAAAGUCAGAUGGACAAGGUGAAGCUCCAGAGUAUGCUGGAGAUGCAGCGCAAGGAGAAGGAGAUGCAGCGACGAGAGCAUGAAUUCCACUGAAGAUGGCGCAGCUGGAGACAGAGAGAUGUCAGUUGCAAAUGGAGGUGCAACGGGAACACCUGAACGCAGAAAGGGCGAGGCUGCGAUAUGAAGCGAUGGGAAGUCGCAGCAAAGGGCGAGGCUGCGGAAGAAGAGCCUGAGACCAUGGCACAAGAGCCUGAGACCAUGGCGCAAGAGCCUGAGGCUAUCGUGCCAGAAGAUGAUGCACUGCAUGGUGCAAGGGUUCAGCACAUCCCUUCAGCACUCAUGCGGUGCCGUGGUGGCCGAUGGAGAGAUGCUGUGGUGGCUGAGCACGGUGUACAUGCUCCUCUACAACAGCAUGGCAGGCCACACCACAUCUCAUCCCACGCGGCCGUCAGAGAGGGCCGAGUGCUCAGUAGCGAGUUGGAACGCAAAGAGACGGCCGAGUCCCAGGCAGCCAUGUUGAGGGCGCAGAAGGAGUGGAAGAAAGGCACCAAGAAGUUCACGGAUCAAAAGAAGCAACAAGGCUCGAAUUUUCAACUCCGCCCCGACCAGUGGGAGGAGAUCAGGAAGAUCUUCACUCAGUGCUGGCCCUUCCCAUCGGAUGCCACCACCAACAAAACUCUCCUACUGAUGUCUUGGUGGUUCCGGACGGCAUCACGCCCAGGACGAUGGUGGCCAAGGUGUGGCGCCAUCCUGGAGUGA